GAGCGAGAGCGAGCGCUCUUGGGAGAAACUUGGGCCGGCGGCGGUCGAUUAGUCAGGCCUCAGGAAGAUGGCGUCCUCGGAGCAGGCAGAGCAGCCGAGCCAGCCAAGCUCUUCUCCAGGAAGUGAAAAUGUGGUGCCUCGAGAGCCAUUGAUUGCCACAGCAGUGAAGUUCCUACAGAAUUCUCGAGUCCGGCAGAGCCCACUUGCAACCAGGAGAGCAUUUCUUAAGAAGAAAGGGCUGACAGAUGACGAGAUCGACCUGGCUUUCCAGCAGUCAGGCACUGCUACAGACGAGCCUCCAUCCUUGGGCCCGGCCACGCCAGUACUUCCCGUGCAGUCCCCUCACCUCAUCCCUCAGCCAUACAGCCCUGGCGGUUCCCGAUGGCGAGAUUACGGUGCCUUGGCCAUCAUCAUGGCGGGAAUUGCAUUUGGCUUUCACCAGCUGUACAAGAAGUACCUGCUGCCCCUCAUCCUGGGAGGCCAAGAGGACAGGAAGCAGCUGGAGAGGAUGGCGGCGAGUCUCUCCGAACUGAGUGGCAGCGUGGCCCAGACAGUGACUCAGGUACAGACAACACUGGCCUCUGUCCAAGAGCUACUGAGACAGCAGCAGCAGAAGGUCCAAGAGCUGGCCCAUGAGCUGGCCUCGGCCAAGGCCACGACGUCAACCAACUGCAUCCUGGAGUCCCAGAAUAUCAAUGAGCUCAAGUCGGAAAUCAACUCCUUGAAAGGGCUUCUUUUGAAUCGGAGGCAGUUCCCUCCCUCCCCAUCAGCCCCGAAGAUCCCCUCCUGGCAGAUCCCAGUGAAGUCUCCAUCACCCUCCAGCCCCGCGGCCGUGAACCACCACAGCAGCAGUGACAUCUCCCCUGUCAGCAACGAAUCCACGUCCUCCUCUCCUGGGAAGGAGAGCCACAGCCCCGAGGGCUCCACAGCCACCUACCACCUGCUGGGCCCCCAGGAAGAGGGUGAGGGGGUGGUAGAUGUCAAGGGUCAGGUGAGGAUGGAGGUGCAGGGUGAGGAGGAGAAGAGGGAGGACAAGGAGGACGAAGAGGAUGAGGAGGAUGUCCUUGGGGUACAGAGGGAGGACCGGCGGGGCGGGGACGGGCAGAUCAAUGAGCAGGUCGAGAAGCUGCGGCGGCCGGAAGGCGCCAGCAAUGAGAGUGAGCGGGACUAGGGCUGGCACCUGGCGUGCCCACCUUUCCAGGACAUCAGCGGCAGGUGGGCACGCGUGGGCUCUGCCCCCACGAGGGGGCCAGCAACCCGGGUAGGGGUGGGGCUGUCCCCGGAUGCAGCAGUGUGGGGUUGCGUUUCUGUUCACCAGCCUCCCAGCCCCCUCCCCAGCCCCAGCCCUGGUGACCCUGGCUGUUCGUAGCCAGGCCGAGGACUCGGGAGCCCUGUGCUCAAGCCCCUGCCGAGCCCCUCCUGGACAGGUGUCUUGUCCAGGUGUGCCCUUCAGUAUCUUGACUACCUGACACCAUGCAUGGCCAGAGCUCAUGUCAUCUCGUGCCCCCUGUCACCUCAGUGCAGGGGGACUAUGGCCCCCUUGGUCUUGCUCUCUCCCACUGUGCCCUGGCCUGGCCUGUGGCUUCUUCUUUGCCUGUUCCAAAAGCCGGAGCCCUGGACCUGCUCCUCGUUUUGUGGGCCUGCCGGGACCCAGCCUCCCCACAGCCAGGUCCUGGCUGACUGACACACGCUGCCCUUGGGCACCUGUCCCCAGCCCACCUGACGUGUUGUCCUGUAUGCCACACAAGACCAUCCUCGCUUGCUGUGUCGUGGUCUGGCUACUCGGGGGUCAGGCGUACUUCUCCCUCUACAGUGGAGCCAGGCAGCAGGGCCUUCCUGACCAACAGCCACGUCUGUCCUUCCCACUGAGAAACACAUGUUCAUUUAUGUGAUCAUGUAUAGAUUUCAGAAUAUAAGAUAUGACUGUACAUAAUUGUAAUAAAUAUGAGUUGCCAUAUUUAA